AUGGAGUCAUGGGCAGAGCACCUCACCGCAGAUCUCUCAUCAGACCUGUGCGUGGAUGUAAUCGAGGAACGAUCUACCACCCGGGAGCUGCACAUUUGUGUGCGCCCUGCCGAGUCGCAAAAGUCCUGCUUGCCAGAUGUAGACCGAGUACGAGGCCCAGAGGAAGACAUUGCGUGGGAUUGGUUCCAGCGGGCAGCUUUCGCCUGCAUUGAAAAGUCGGAAAGCGUUCUCGUCGCGGCCCCGACAUCAGCAGGGAAGACCGCAGUCGCCAGGAAUGUCAUCAAGAAAUGCAUUGCGACUGGAAGUCGAUGUGUGUACACAGCACCUGUGAAAGCUUUGUCGAACGAGAAGUUCAGAGACUUCGUUGCCGAGUUCGGGGCCGAGAAGGUCGCACUGCUGACAGGCGAUGCGCAGGCUGGAAACAUGGAGCUCGCUCAAGUGGUUGUCAUGACAACGGAGGUGUUGGUCAGCAUUCUGCACAACGACCAUGAGUCGGACCUCUUGGAUUUGGAUCCACAUGCAGCUGCACAGCAGAAUCGAAGCAUUGGCGAGCCGCGCCGGCUGCUUAUGCGCCAUCUGUCUUAUGCGAUAUUUGAUGAAGCGCAUUAUAUAGCAGACGAAGAGCGUGGAACAACUUGGGAAGAAGCCAUAAUCCUGCUUGAACGUCACAUUCCUUUGCUUUGCCUUUCUGCCACAAUUCCGAACUUUGUUGACCUGGUUGGUUGGCUUGCGCAAACUCGACAUGCUCCUUGCCAUGCAAUCUUCACGCGCUGGAGGCCCGUGCCGUUGGUUCAUGGCAUCGUCGCUUGUCCACCUGCCGAAGCCACACAGACAAUUUCGGACAAAAGAGGCAAAUUCAAAAAACGAUGCUACCAGGAAGCUGUGAUGCACCUGCCCAAGCCGCCGGACAAGCCCGCACGAGACCUGGAUCGCGGGCAGGAUCUUGUGUCGAUCUUGCAU